UAGAAACUGUGGGCUCGGUCUUCCAACCCAGCCCGGCGUUUGGCUGCCAACUGAAGCAGCAUUUUGCAUACGUGCUGACCAGGGCAGCUGGAUGAUGGAAGACGAUGAGGAUGCAAAUCUCCAAGAAGAGAUAGAAGCCGAGCUGGAUAAAAUCAGCAUUUCCUCCUUAGAAAAAGGUGACGUGGAGAGUGAGCCAGAAUCAGAAGCUGAGAGUGGUGAGAGUGACCAAGACUUAGAUGAAUUACCAGAGUCAGUUGCUUACUGUAUUAACGUCAUAAAGAACAAGAGUAAAACAGCUGAACAGCUCAUUCUUCAGGACUUGGAAGAGUCUGAUGUUUUAAGCUGUAGUUAUGGAGGAGUUUCUAAUAAUCAUAGUUAUCUAAAGAUAGGAUUUUCGACAGAAAAUAAAGACAAUGCGGCUCAGUUAAUGAAGAUAUUAUCUGAAAUAGAAAAAGAAGAAUUUAUGAGAAGUAAAACCCAAAGUGCCACUCCUGAUUCUGUUGUUGGUGAUUUGGCUCAUCCUCAUCCUCAUGGCUUACCUAUGGAUGUGCAGACUGCACAAGAUGAUGCUGAUGUAAGUUUUGGGUACUAUGAAGUGGAAGAAAGAUGCAGACGGUCAUUUGAGGCUUGGCAGGACAAGCAGAAAGAACUUGAGGAUAAAGAAAAAGAAGUUCUCAAAACUCAGAGGGAGAAAGAAGAAAAGCAGUUUCAAGAAGAAGAAGAAAAGAGACAUUGUUGGAUGAAACAAUUUGAAAUUGAAAAAAAGAAAUUAGAGCAUAUUCAGAAGGAAGAACUAGACAAGAUGCAUGAUGAACUCCAUAAAGAGGAGAAAGUGUGGGAAGAGAAGUUGCAACAGCAUGAGGAAUUUAUUAGAAGCCUGCAUUUACAAAUGGACAAGGAAAGAACAAGACUUAAAGACUUACACGAGAAAGAAAAAACACGUCUGUUAAAGCUGCAGCAUGAUGCAGCUACAAAAAUUCAAGCGAAAUAUAAAGCGUUUGUAGCUUACCAAAAUUACAAUCCAAUCAUAAAAGACCAACUAGAAGCUAGGAAGAGGAAAGCACAGGAGUGGAAAGAAGUGGAAGCAAAAAUACGACAGAGGGAGGCCGAAAGACGGAAACAAUUAGAAGGGAAGGACAGGUUAGAAGAAGAGAUUAAAAAGCAGAAACAAGAAGAAAAGGAAAGGAGAGAGAGAGAAUACGAAGAAAAAAAGAACAUUCUGAGACGAGAAAGAGAGGAACUGCGGACCAAGGAAAAAUUAAGAUUAGCAGAAGAUGCAAAAGAACAGUCAAUAUGUAGUACAUUAAAGAAAGAAGAAUAUAAUGUUAAAUAUUUAACUGCUGAAGGUCAAUCAAGUCAGCGUGAAACAACCUCAAAGACAGUAGAUGGAACUUUGAAGCUGGAAGAUGUUCCUCCUUGGCCAGUUGAGGAAUCAAAUAAGGCAAAAAAUGUAGACACACAGCUCGCAUCCAAAGAAUUAAUUCAAGAGCCAUUAAAGCAACCUGUAUCAAACCAAGAAACUUUGGUAGAAUUAACAAUAGAAGGAAAAAGCACAAACCUAGCAAAAAAACAGUGUUCAGAAAAGUUGGCCAGGCAAGAAAGGGAACAUACACAUACAGACAAAAGAACUGAACUGGAAAACCCAAAUCUUAAGGAAAACGAGCAAGACCAGUUUCAGCGGCUAGAAUUAAAUUCUCAAAUGCAAAAAGGGAAAAUUGUCAGUUAUGACAUAAAUAAGAAUGUGGGAGAUAAAAUCCAAGCAAUAAUAGUUGGACAUAAUGUAGAGAUUAAUGAGGUGAAAAACAAGGAAGCACAGACAACAAUUGAAGGUGACCAAAAGAGAGAGAGAGAAGUAAAAAAUGAAGAGAUACCGAAAGACACUGAAUCAAUUCACAAGGAGAUUAACACUUCUCUAAUUUCAGUGAAACAAAAACUGCCGCCACUAAAAUUAGAAAAGUCUGGAGAUAGAAGAAAGACAUGUAUCAUUCAAGAGAAAGAAACUGAUUUAAAAUCCAAAGAAAUUGAGGAAAAUCCGAACAACACCUCUCUGAAUAAUGACGUCAUUUUCAACACUGAUGAUGUGAUCCAUACAGAAGUCAGAACAAACAAGCAGGGUUUUAUCUCACAGAGACAUACUCCUUGUGAAGACUUGCAUGGCAAUGAUACAAGAAGCUCCUUGGUUUCUGCAGAAGUAAACUGUCUUAAAUCUGACAUCAAACCAAUCCCAGAAGCAUGUUGUGAAAAUACAGCUCAGUAUGAGACGGUCAUCACCAACUCUAUUCCAGGGUCAGCACUUUUAUUUCAUAUUGAAGAAAAGAGACUGGCGUGGGUGAAAUCAUCUAAACCUUGGUUUGAAAUUUUUAAUCAGAAUCAGCAAAAGAAAACUGUUACAAGAAGGAGACCUGUGAAAUGCCCAGCCAACACAAUGCCUCCUUUGAAUACAGCAGAAAUUCUGCAGGGUGGCCCUUGGAGUACCCUCCAGCAGGUUGCAACAGUUACAUUUCAAGAUUUGCCAGGUUGUAGUCUCUCACCACUGGCAGAGUGUACAAAUCUUCGUUUUCUAUCUCUACGAUGCUGUGGAUUAACUUCUUUGCAUAGCCUGGGUAACUGCAGAAAGCUGAAGUACAUAGAUGUACAGGAAAACCAUAUUGAGAUGAUCAACUGUGAAAAUCUGGACAAUCUCUGUGUUCUUCUUCUUAAUAGAAAUCAACUGACUUCUCUUCAUGGUUUGGAUGGCUGCACUAAUAUUCAAAAUCUUGAACUUUCACAUAAUAAGAUCACUAGAAUUGGUGGUUUAGGAUCUUUGAAAAAUCUUCAGCAACUAAUUGUAGACCACAAUCAGCUCAUUAGUACAAAGGGUCUUUGUGACACACCCACCAUAAUUUACCUGGAUUGCUCUUACAAUCAUCUGACUGAUGUUGAAGGCCUUGAAAAUUGUGGGCUGCUCCAAAUAUUGAACCUACGGGGAAAUUACCUAAGUGAGCUCCCACCCUUGGACAAUCAUGUUCUUCUAAGAGAAUUGCACUUGGAUGAUAACAGCAUUUCCACUGUGGAGGCAUUUUCUUCAUACUGGCUGCCUUUACUGCAGAAACUUACCAUCUCUCAAAACAGUUUGACAAAAUUUGCACCACUUUUUCAUUUGGUUUCUUUGGCAAAACUGGAUUUCAGCAACAAUUGUCUUUCUGAUCUUACAAGUGCUAUAAAAUCGCUUGAGGCAUGCUAUUCUCUCCGUGAAUUAUCUCUUACUGGAAACCCACUUCUUCAAGAAAUAAACUGGAGACACUCUGUCCUUAAAGUAUUACCUUCUCUAAGAAUCCUCAAUGGUGAUCUGCUAAGCUGUUAUACAGAAAAUCACCCUCAAGACAAACGUGAACUACAAUUAUGGUGUUUCCUAGCACUUUGUCAGUCUCAAAUUGAACAAUUCAACCUACUGAAUCAAAGCCAUAACACAGAAAAAGGAAACGUACUUACCUUGGAUGCUGCAGAAAGUCUGUGUCAUUAUUUUAAGAAGCUGAUGACACUUAGUACUGAGUAUCGGUUUGCGCAUGAACACGGGGAUUUAAAUAUCACCCAGAGGGAGACCACAGAAGACCUGCAAAGCCAUUUGGCCCCUUCACACAGUGACAGCACACUGCAGAAUACAGCCCCCUGCUCUUGUGCAGGCAAACAUGAAUCUGACGCACAUGAUAUUUCUGUGAGAUGGAUGAACUCCGACUCUAGCCACUCCAUAAUCAGCAUCUCCUCUAUAUGUGAAGAUAUGGCACGAAGAAAUCAGGAGGAAUUAGUAGGCCGGAAGAGAGAAGACAGUGAACCAAGCAAUAUCCCCACCGAAAGAGGCCCAUUCACAGAAACAGUUACGGCACAUUCUCUGCUGACGAAUCGCCAAGAUCGCAUGCACAGCGAAAAAAAUUUGGCAGCUGCAGUAAUCCAGGCGCACUGGCGUGGUUACAUCAUGCGCAAAAAGAUUAAAUUCUCAACAAAGUUUCAUACUGCUACAACGGCACUGCUGCCCAGUUCUUACAUCAAGAAUCAGACUGUUUUAAAGAAAGAAAAAAGAAAAAAUACUGUGGAUACCCAAGAACAGAGGAAGAAGGCUGCUAUCCUUAUUCAGGCUGUUUGGAAGGGCUUUAUUUUUCGAAAGAAACUGACAGCAGCUCUAGAAGUUAUUAGAAAUGAAGACUCUGAAGAAGAAUAUGAAGAAAUAGAUUUACAAGAUUUUGCAUUUGAUGAAGCUUCCUUGGAGAAAGAAUGGCUAGUUUUAGAUUCCACCCCCUUCCCUUCACAAACACUGCUGCUCUCAAACCAGCUGCCCUGGCCAAAGAUCUCUGAGAACUUAAAAUAUGAUGAUACUUCACUUCAUUUGCAAAGUCAUCCAGCUCAAGCAUGGCUGUAUAAUGAGAAAGAAAAUGUGCUUUCUUCAGAACAUACACUAUUAGGCACCAGAUCAGAAAAUAGAACUUUAACUUGGACACCUGAAUCAAAGACUAGCCAAAAGAGUUUACUAAAAUCUGAAAGAGAAGAAAAAAUUUCAGAAGAAUGGGGGUUUAAGAAUAUUGCUACUGCUCAACAAAUGUUGAAGAGGGCACAGAAAAUGAAAUCAAAGAAAUUAAAGAAAAAGUUAGAUCCUGCUUUACAUCUAACCUUAUUCAGAAACAAUGAGAAUAAAGUUUUUGCCACAAAAUCACCAAAAAAGGCUCAGCCCAGAAGAGAUGGAUACUUUGAAGGUAAAGAGGACAAUUCUAUCUACAGAGAUGCAACUGAAAAUGAAAAAUUAGAGAAGAGAGAAUAUACAUACCAAUGGCUUCAUUCACAGGUUGGGGUUCAUGAAACUAGGUCCAGAAAUAUGAAAUGCAAUCGCUUCUUACCUGAGUUAGAUCCAGAUGUACUUAAUGGUGGAAGAGUUCAACUUAUUGCAAGACUUGUAAGCAGAGAAGACACGGAUUUAGAUCUUUUUUCCAUGACCAGUGGAAGUGCUUUGUCUGUGAACAGAGAAAAAAAAAGUCGGGCACACAGACACUCAGCGGAAUCUUCAAGUAAGUUGUGGUUUCCUUCAGAAUUAAUUUAG